AGAGAGAGAGAGAGAGAGAGAGAGAGAGAGAGAGAACGCGCUAUGGCGCCCUCUAUAGGUGAUGUACUAUUUAGGGACACUCCUUAGUGCAGGACCGCGCGGUUUGGGACGUGUAGCUUCACCUUUGUUGAGCAGCAGCAGCAGCAGCGGCGGCGUGCAACAUUACGCACACACACGCACACAAAGCGUCUUCUCCUCAGGUUGAGCAUCAGUGAGGUCAGUCUGCCACGCUGUCUCCUCACACGGACACUCACACAGCCAAAAGAUGAAGAAGCGCUGCCUGGACGUGGCCAAGCUCCGGAAAAUGAAGAAGCUCAGAUUGACGGAGAAGAUUUCCGAAAGUGCGUACUCGUUCCUGAAGUUCAUGACAGUUUGGAUCGUGGUGCUUUUGGCAGACUUCAUUCUCGAGUUCAGACUGGAGUACUUGUGGCCUUGCUGGCUCUUCCUUGGCACCGUUUACACCACGUUCCACUGCCACGGCCUGGCCAUCUGUAUGGUGUUUGUGUGCGCUGCUUUCACUCUGGAUAUAUUCUGUUUAAUUUUUGUACCGCUCCACUGGCUGUUUUUUGCAGCCAGCACAUAUGUGUUACUGAACUACAUAUGGCACACAGAGAAAGGCAUCUGCCUGUCAACUGUGACUUUAUGGCUUCUUCUGGUAUACACAGAGACCUCGCUCAGGCUGAGAGACCUGAAGAAUCCGUACGCUAACCUCUCUCACCUCUUUGCUGCACACUGCAUUGGAUAUCCACUGGUGUACAUGGGAUUUGAUGCAACAUGCUACUUCUCUGGCAUCUUGAAACUUCGCACACAAAAAGCAGUUCAGAGCGAGAACGACUUGCACGUGCAUCUCCUUCAACAUCCACUACCUCCGUACACACAGCUCUACCCAAAACUGGGUGUGGAAGAAUCCAAAUGGCGAACCAAACCAGGGCCCAUGCAAUACCCGUGUCCAAGCGACGCCAUCCUAUCAGAGGACAAGCAGGAGCACGAGGACUGUCUCCAACUCCACAGGCUGCACGGGAGGACAGAGAAAGACGCAGGGGACAGCAAGAUACGGGAACCGAAUCCUCAGCCUCCAGGAUCUAAGCAUCAUGGUGCCGAAACGCGCUCAAGUCCAGCACAGCUUUCCGACGUUCAUGAACACCUACCUCACGAGGAGCAAAGUGGGAAAGCUCUGAGGGUCUCCAGAGGUCCGCAGGUUAAAGUGCAGAGGAGCUCGGUGAACAUCGUAGCCAGCAAAGCGGAGAAGAAACUCAAGAACCCAUCAAAAACCAUCAACUCCAACGCAGGAGACGCAGGAGAACGGAGCACAAACAUCCAGGGGCUUCCCAAUCCUCAUGCUGAGCAAAUGGCUAAGCUGGAGCAGGAGAUGAGGAAGCUGAAGGUGGAGCUGCAGACCAGCAGACAGAACGAGCAGGAGUUACGCAGUCACGUCUGUAACCUCACCAACAGCGAGAACAGCCUGCGGCCCGAAGUCUCGCUGCUCAGACACGCCAACGAACUCCUGCACAACAAGCUUCAGUAUCUGAGUAAAUCCAGGCAGAAAGACAAGCAGAGUUGUGCCGUGUUGGAGAAGAAAGCAAGAAUGGAGACCGACAGCAGAUUAGCCGUGGAAAAGCAACUCGUAGAAGUCCGGUCCCAGAAAUUUGACGAGGCAGCUUUUUUACUUCGUAAUGCAUCGAACAGGCAGGAACACAGUGAGACGCAGCUGUUAAGGAAAAGAGCUAGAGAUCUAGACACAGAGUACAAACAGCUACAGCUGGACUGUCAGGAGAAAGACAAUCGAGUGCUAGCGCUAGAAAACGAAGCAGAGUGCCUGCAGAAGCUCAGGUGUUCGGAGCAGGAAGCCGACGCCUUGCUCUCCGCUCUCUCCUCUCUGCAGGAUAAAGCUCAGCAUUUAGAGUACAACCUGAGCGCAGAGACACGUCUCAAACUGGACCUGUUCUCGGCGCUGGGAGACGCUCGCAGACAGCUGGAGAUAUCGCAGGUUAAACUCCUGAAGCAGGACCAGGAGAUCAAAGAGAUGAAGCAGAAGAUCGCCGAGGUCAUGGCCGUGUCCCCGGGUGUGUCCUACGUGGCUCCGCGCUCCACCGUUCCGCAGUACCUCAAGUUCCUCAACUCGGAGCGCUACGUCCUGAACCCGCGAGGUCUCAUGUACCAGUGUCUGAGAAAAUGAUCAAAUAACCACAGUGAAGGACACAAAUGGGAGUUUUUUUUUCCUUUUGAAAAGGCUUUGGAUUGAAUUUCUCCCGACUAUCCGAAUAAAGGGAUAAACGCAAAUGUUGAAAUUUCCCUGAUCGGACCGAGAGCCGGCGAGUUUACGGCACCGAGCCACAGGUUCUCGAGGACACAAAGCUGAUUGUACGUCUGAUUUGUGGUGCUACAAAAGUAAAUAAAGCAACACAGGUUAAUUCUUUUCAAUCUCGAACUCAAGUCGUUAAAUUCUUUCAAAGGAGAACGGAGUUGGCGACUAUUUUUCAGAAAAAGAAAGAAAAAAAAAAGGAAAUCAGGCUCAAUGGCUCAUGUUGCGCCUCAGUUACGAUAUUCAAACAAUAAAAAGCCAAUACCUAAUGUCAGUAAUGUGAAUAUAAAGUGCUUUGUACGGUUUUGUAUUCCUUUUUACAUUAUACGCGUUGUAAAGGAAUUUGACUUCUUCUCGAUUUGUACGUUUUCACGUCUUUGGACCUGUCGCCUUUUUAUGUGUCGAUGAGGUGUUUUUUAUGAGAUAUUUAUUUUUCUGCCUUGAUGUACUAGCUCACCACCACCACCACCACCACCCUCUACCCCUGAAAUACGAGAUACAGAAUUGAUGGUCUUGGUCUGCAUGCUGAUUUCUGAGUAAGAAAAUAAUACUCAGUUUUGAUGUUUAAUUGUGCAUUUGUGCAAGGGCUAAUGUUUUUCUUCCAAGAUCUUUUGGAACGAGUAAUAA